AUGGUAUUUGAUUCCCUUGUCUUGUUAGAAUUAAAAGACAAGAAGAGCGGAAAGAGCAGCAUCACGGUCAACGGUGCGGAGAGGAGGUCCCGGCUUCUUCGACCGCUCGACCACCCCGGUCACGGUCGAGGGAGAUCCCGUAGGGGUCGAAGACGAGAGGAGAGGAGCGGAGAAGGAAGUCAAGCUGUAGUCAUCUCUAACCAGCGAUCGCCAUUUUUUCUGUCGCAGAUCCAAUCGGAGCUACCCACCCACGAUGGUUUCACCACUCGGACGGCCCGGGAAAACGAGGCAGCAGCAGCGCCAGCAGCAAUCAAGGGCAAUCAGGGCAUCAAUCACGGCAUCAAUCAGCCGACGGGACGGCGCGGGAGGAUCAAAAUCAGCGGGUGCGGCUGGAAACCGGCGGCGUCAGGCGGCGGCCAGCUAUCCGGCGAGGAGCCGAAACGGAUAAGGAUAAUGUAUCCGGCGCGAUCUCGCGCCCCAGAUGAUCGUGGCAGAUCAUCGGGAUUCAAGAGCGACGAUCGCGACAACGAUUCUACUUCAAUCCACCAGGCUGUCUAAUUAUAUUCAUUGCAUCUACGGGAUUUGUUGGAUUUUAUCGCAAUUAUCGCGCAUCAUUUGUUGAAGUUACCGCAAUUUCGCAAACAAGAGGGGGGGAAAAAGGGAAACAGGCUUUCACCCGUGUCUACCCGGCGAGCCUGAGGAUAUUAAUGAUUUUGUCUUGCACACUGUCGAAAACCGCGCCUUCGAACGAGACAUCCUCGAUGGCGUGCACAAAGCUCCGCGAACUUCUCCAGUACCGAACGAAACCACUUCCGACCUCAAGACCGAAAGCAGGCAAUUUGUUUUUCGUUGGACCAACCACCGUCCGUUCUCGGCUAGAACAUCUACUCGUCCAGACGGCUCGAUUCCGGCACGAUCUCCAGCGCGAAAACAAUUUUCGGACACUCAGGAAUCCUCCUGAUCGCGGCGGAGGCCGCACCUGCCGUUCUCGCCGGACCGGCAGAGCUGAAAGCAACGAAAACACUUUCAACGCAACACACCUGGAGCAUCGUCAAAAACAGCCAGCACACACCUGGAAACGUCACACAUUUACUAUCACUAUUAUUAUUACUUCAAAAAGAAAAGAAAAGAAACAAAACGCCGACGUCACUUUUCACCCUCGCAGCCAACGAUACUAAUACUAAUGAUAGUAACACUAUCGACGAAAAUUCUCCGAAAAUCAUUGGAAAAUUACGCGAAAAAAAAAAAACGUCAGUCACAGCGCGUGCAGUCACGCGACGCCACUUUGGGAACACGCGGUUACCUC